AGAAGUAGACUAAGUUGCCAUUAGAGGGGAAAGACUGACCACACAAACAGAGAGAGAGAGAGAGAGAGAGAGAGAGAGAGAGAGAGAUUCGUUAUACUAUAAAGUGCCAACUCUGAUUGUUGAUAGCCACGUAUAGAGCGAGAAGAUGGUGGGAUGUGGACUGUCAUCACAUUAUUUAACAGAAUAAUUAUCUUCAACGUACAACAAAUCAAGUGAUUUUACUUAUAGUCAAAUAUAACACAUUUCUCCUUGAUAUCCAACCAGCCACACGCAGGCAGCAUGGAGGGCUCACAGGAUUAUUCGAACGCAGAACUCAGCUUUUGCUUCAUCACACUUCUCUCCAACUUCGUGGUCGUUUCUCCAGCUGCUUUUCGUUGUGCAGGACCCUCGCACUGCGGAUACAACAUACUUUGGCGUGUGGCGCGACUAUUUACAAAAUGCGGAGCGUGGUGUCUAAAUAUGAUGAAACCAAUUUAACAGUAUUUCAUAGAAAUGGGGGAAAAAAAGUCAGGAGGGAGAGAGAGGAGGAUUCUUACUGUUGUUGAUUCUGGGGGAUAAAUAGUCCUUCUUCAUUGAAGCCAAACUCGACACUGAGAGUGACCGAGGCGUCUGAGAGCCACUCCUAUUCCACAAGAUGAGACCUGAGUUGACGUGGGCGUAACGUCACAUAUCAGUGAGAUCCACAUCAAGUCCUGACGGGUUGUCGUGUAUAGUUAUUGUGGUUUGACUUGCUUUACUUGAAAAGGACCUAAUCUUUGCCUUGCUUUCUUGACACAACAGAAAAGCCAGUGUAGAUUAUAUGAGGGCGCAGCACACAUCUGUUGGUUCAAGCUGCGUUCUCGCCCAAAGUGUGUCAAGUGCACGCGUUAGACAUUUGCAAUGAUUGUAUUGCAAGAGUCAGGGUGUUGAACAAGCAAUACGCAAUUUACAAGUGUAGGUCGCUGUAAUUUGAAAGUCCAUUAAACUUGUUACUUUAAGAUAAUUUAAUAAUUGUAUUGUCUUUUCCCACCUGCAGCAUUUUUUCUUUAUUUCUGUAUCUGUGCUCUAUUGGUUUUCAAAUAGCUCAUACUUUAUCAUUUACAGCAAGGCCAGCAAACAAGUUAAAAAAGCCGACUUCUCUAAAUUAUUAACCAAUUGGAACAACCCCAGAAUCCUCUUCCGACUUUCUGUUAAUUAUUAAUUAUCCGACUAUUUGUUUGACACCUCCAAAAAAUAUGUUUUUAUAUGACAAUUUGUCCUGGUUUAUCCGGUGAUGAUUAGUAGAGUUAUUGCAACCAUUUCGUUUCUUCUUUCAGAAAAUAACGUUGUAUUCAACUAAUGAGGGAGGGUUCACUCUCCCCACCUGUGUGUUUGCUUUGUGGGACAGGCUGGGUUUCUGUGUAAAGUGCCUCGAGAUAAUUGAUGUUAUUAUUUUGCGCUGAACAAAUACAGUUGAACUGUCUACUGAAAGUACAGAAACAGCACCAGCAAUAUGGCUAAUGACUUCAGGUCCAAUAUGGACAUGAAUACAAUUCAGUAAAGCACUAAGUCUUUGAUAUAGAAGAUCACUCUAAUCUUUUAAAAAUAUUUUUCAGAUUGAUUGGUCUCUCUGAUACUGUUUAUAAAUAUUAGAUGCAUGUAUGUGUAAAAGCUGUAAAAUACGUAUGUGGUGUUCCUCAAGGCUCGAUUUGAGGUCCUACACUUUAAUCACAGCUUUAAAUUGCCAUGUGUUCUGAUGACCCAGGGCCAUUUGACACUUUUCUAUUACUUUUUAGAUAUCAAGUUGUGGAAAGGAAUCAUACAUCUAAUUAAAGCUUAUAGACAUAUUCAUUUAAUUAAUUAGAUUCAUUGAAAUAAACUGAUGAAUCAUGGUGAAUUAACAUAUAAAGUAGAUGUUAUGGAUGUUUGCUUUUUUUUCACUUUGUUAGACUGACAUCUAGUGGCUCAACAUGGAAAAAGCGACCCAUGUAUGUAAAUCCGAGUCUCAGCUAAUUUCCUCUAAUGCAUCUCAGGAGGAUAGAGGCGGCUUCCUGUUUACGUCAGCGCCACCCAGCCAAUGAGAGGCCGCCUUUUCUCCCAUCCGCUUAGCCCAUGAUGCUGAAGAAUGUCAAUGUGGAGCUGUGUCUUCCCUCUGCUAUCAUCAUCUUGUUUUAGAGACUCACAAUAAUGUCGACGUCAACACGAAACAACACAACGGAUCCACGUGGGCGGCACAUGACGAUGUGAUUGACAGGUGCGGUCUGCAGUGAGGCUACUGGAUCUUUUUUUUUCCUCUCGCGCUGCUUGAGGAGUUGAAGACGUAUCGAGCUCACAAAUGUUCGAUCCCCCGGCUAAGACAACUGGGACAUCGCAGUGCUGGAGAGUUGAGUGUUAGCAUGAAGGGCCCCAGCUCCAGAUGGGCCUUCUCCCUGGGCUUCCUGGUGGGAGCCUGCAGCUUCUACUUCUUCCUUCACCAGGUGUGGUUUGAGAGGAGCUACCCUGUGCUGACGGAGGCUCAGGAGAAAGGCAUAACAGUCGGGGAGACGCCAACCAGCUGGAGGAAAGAGGGAGCCGCUCUCUUCGGCCUGCUCCACCCUCAACAUGCAGAUGAAGACACCAGGGUGGCAGAUGUGUUGUACCAGAAGAUCCGUAUUCUCUGUUGGGUGAUGACAGGGCCGUAUAACCUGCAGAGCAGGGCCCACCAUGUCAGGGCCACCUGGAGUCGCCACUGCAACAUGGUGGUGUUCAUGAGCUCCGUGAAGGACACCGACUUCCCCACUGUGGGACUGGGCACUAAGGAGGGCCGUGACCAGCUCUACUGGAAGACUAUCCGAGCCUUCCACUAUGUGUACGAGCACCAUGCGGAUGAAGCGGACUGGUUCUUAAAAGCGGACGAUGACACCUAUGUGGUGGUGGACAACCUGCGCUGGAUUCUGUCCAACCACACCCCCGAGCAGCCCAUUUAUUUUGGUAAACGCUUCAAGCCUUACACCAAGCAAGGCUACAUGAGCGGAGGAGCAGGUUAUGUGCUCAGUAAAGAGGCCCUCAGGAGAUUCGUGGAAGGCUUUCAGACCAAGGUGUGCACACACACCACCCCUGUAGAAGACCUGGCACUCGGGCAGUGUUUGGAGAAGAUGGGCGUCGUGGCUGGCGACUCCAGAGAUUCUUUGCACCGAGAAACUUUUCAUCCAUUUGUGCCAGAGCACCAUCUAACUGGCAAGUUCUCCAAGAGCUUCUGGUACUGGAGCUAUUGUUACUAUCCAAUCGUUGAGGGUCCACAGUGCUGCUCUGACCUGGCAGUAUCGUUCCAUUAUGUGGAAGCAGAGCUGAUGUACACACUGGAGUAUUACACCUACCACCUGAGAGCGUACGGCUACAGGCCGCGCUAUCAGCCGUCGCUUCGCCGGGGUCUCAGCCUCGCUGCCCUCGCACAGCCCGCUGUGACGGCCGGAUUUAAAGGAGCUCACAAGGGGACAGAUGGAAGGAUUCACACGACUGCAGCCUUUUCUGUCGGUGGCAACCAAACCAAAGGGAAGAUGGAGUCGGAAGAAGGGGGGAGAGACCCUGUGAACUCACAACUCACUGAGAACAGGACGGCACUCGCACACUACAGAAAACACUGAUCCUGUGUUUAACUCUGAAGUGUCUGAUUGAAUCCAGAGACUCCUGUUUCUACUUUGACUCAGUGAUGUGGCUGAUAGAAGUCGUGACGGCUUCCACGACUGUGCCAGAGAGUGUAUCACCACAGCCAGUGUGACACUGUAAGCCCUUGGCACAGUCUUAUUCGGUGGCAGCUGCAAAUGGCUCAGCUAUUUUCAAAGAAGAUAAACACUCUGUUUAGCUUAAUUAAACCUGACAUGUUUGAGUUUUGACACGACACAGUCAUAGAUUUGUGCUCGGGGCGAUGCAGGAUAUUUUCAUCUGUUUUAUGUGUGGGCCAGUAACAGUGACGGAUGUCUGUAAUGAUUUUAUUUUUCAACUGUUUUAAUUUCAUUAAUUGUUUUAAAGAUUUUCUGUUAACUGUUAGCAGCGACAGCCUUCUAUGAACACUUUGCUUUUCUAAUGUUAAAUCUGAUAUUCUGGUUUUUACUGUUCAGUUGUUUAAGUUUGAUUAACAAAUUAUUUUUAAAAAUAAGUUUGUUUUUUAUUUUACUUUUAUUUUUUAUUUUGUAUUUCCUUUUGAGUCCUCUUGGAACCCACAGUCAGCAGUGAUGUUUGUUUGGAACUGUGCUGUUGUACUUUUUUUUCUGCAGUGUGCACCUGAAACCCUGUUUGAGAACCCUGCAGCCUCUGAUGAACACAAUAUUAUUCAAAACUCCAUAGAUUUCCUCUUGUCAAGUCAUUUUACACAACACAGAAGGGACAGACAGCAGCGGAUGGGAUUGAAUGUGACUGCCUGCACUUGAGCCACGAUUUAAAGGAUCAACCAAACAGCUGCAGAAAAAUGCACCCAUGUUUCAAAUGAAUAAAUUCUGUAUAAAAAAAAAUCUUUAUUUUGAAAUUUGAGGAAACAGAAUGACAUGAUACAGAAAUUGCCACCGUUCACAUCUGAUUAUGUUUGUUUUCCAGGUAAAUCAAAUACAAUCUGUGUAGUUUAUGGUCAUUCUCAUGAGACAGCCGAAAGUUUUACACGUGGGAAUCAUGUUAGUUUUGUCAUUUUCAUCAAACACUUGAUUUAUUGUUUGUGUUGUCGUCGAUGACUGUUGUUUCAGUGUCUACAGCCCCUGAAGAAACCUGCAACAAAACACAUGCACAUGUAUCAGUGAUAUAUAUAUAUAUAUAUAUAUGCAAUAAUACAAUAUCAUGGGUUCAUUUUCUGUUCUGCAUACAGAAGAUAUAAAGACAUGUUAUGAGUCAGCAGCACUUAAAACAGGACAUUAAAACCUGAAUAGCAGGAAUAGUUUGUUAUCCUUUAUCACUCAGUUUUAGUGGGAAUUAAAUUUGUAUAAGUAGUGGAGAAAUAAUGUUCUAUCCAUUGAUUGGAAAGGGAGAGACACCCACCUCAGUCUGCACUUGUUCAGAAAGACGCCUCUCCUCUCUUGGUUCUCUCUCCUCAGGCCAUUAUCUGUGAGAGGAGACAUGAUCCAAUAAUCCCAUACACUGGUGAGACAAAUCUGAAAUCCCAUAAAAGCUAUAACAAGUUGAUUGUCUCUCUAUUUGACUCCUGAAAACUCACUCACCAGGCUCUGAGUUCCUCCUCCCCAUAAGACCAACAAAUAUAUCAUGCAUUUCUCCUAUCAAGAAGAAUGAGAUCCAUUAAAUUUGUUUUUUUUCAAUCACUUUAAAGAAAAAUAUAUCACUUAUAUGAUUAAUAAAAGACAAAAGUCUUACUUUUUUGGGGAGACUCUACAAUGUUGGCAUCUGAUAAAAAUAA